CGUCAGUACUCGGUAAUGGUCGUGUUGCCCACAGGUAUGGCCGUUCGCACUGUAGCGUCCUUUGACCGGUCGCCGUCACGUGUUGUUCGGUACCGGUUCGCCGCUGCCGCCGCCGCCGCCGUGUGCGUCGCGCUUUGCGCGUUAUUGGCGCAGACCACCGCCGCAGCAGAUCACGAGUCGUCGUCCAGCGGAUGCGCUCCAAAGUCAUGCAACGCAAUCGAUCCAAAUAAGUUAAACGUACAUCUGAUCGCUCACACACACGAUGACGUGGGAUGGCUGAAAACUGUGGAUCAGUAUUACUAUGGCAGUAACAAAGCGCAUGCACCCUACGGUGUGCAAUACAUCUUGGACUCGGUUGUUUCCGAACUGCUGAAAAACAAAAACCGAAAAUUUGUUUUUGUGGAAACUGCGUUUUUGUGGCGUUGGUGGGAAGAACAAGACGAGUGGAACCGAAAUAGCUUAAAGAUGCUAGUGAACGAAGGUCGGUUACAACUGUUGCACGGUGGAUGGGUGAUGAGCGAUGAAGCGGUCCCUCAUUAUUCAACCCUUAUCGAUCAGAUGACUUUGGGCCUUAAGUUCUUAAACGAUACGUUUGGAGAGUGUGCUCGGCCUCGUGUGGCAUGGCAAAUUGAUCCAUUUGGUCAUUCAAGCGAAGUGGCUGCUGAAUUUGCUGAAAUGGGUUUUGAUGGAUUGGUUUUGGGCCGAAUAGAUCACGAAGACAUAGCUCUUAGAAAAAGUCAGAAAACAAUGGAAAUGGUAUGGAGACCGGACGUCAAUAUAGGACAAGGUGGUGAAUUGUUUACAAGUGUUUUAUACAACUUAUACGUUGCCCCCGAAGGAUUUUGUUUUGAUGCAUUUUGCAACGAUGAUCCCAUUUUGGACAACCCAAAACUACACGGAUACAACGUCAAUGCAAAAGUAGAAAACUUUGCAAAUCACGUCCAGCGAUACGCUUCGGCAUUCAAAACGAAUAAUAUCAUGAUGACCAUGGGUGGUGAUUUCUCUUAUUCGGUGGCGUCGUCGUGGUUCAGAAAUAUGGACAAAUUAAUCAAACACGUGAAUCUAUUGAAACCAAAUUUGAACGUGUUGUAUUCGACACCCGAAUGUUAUUUGUCCGCUCUGCAAAUGUCCAAAAACGUUACUUGGCCCCUCAAGGAUUCGGAUGAUUUCUUCCCAUACGCACACGACGAACAUUCAUAUUGGACGGGGUACUUUACGUCGCGGUCCAAUUUGAAGUACAUGAUUUGCAAGGCCAACAACCUACUACAGGCAGUAAAACAAAUCGGUACGAUACUCGGAGGAGAGCUCAACGAGCACGUGCAAAUGUUAGCUAUCGCCGUUGCGCAGUCACAACAUCACGACGCCAUCACGGGUACGGAAAAACAACAUGUGUCUGACGACUAUGCCCUUUACCUAGAUGAAGGGAUAGGAGAGACGCAAAAAGUGUUGACGGCUGCUUACAGAAAAUGGUUUGGAAAGGAGUUUCCCGAACAGCAGUAUUGCAAAAUGCUCAAUAUCAGCGAGUGUGAUGUUUCCGAGAACAAUUCUAAAUUCGUGAUCACUCUGUACAACCCAUUAUCGCGCGCUGUUACCACGCCUGUCCGCAUUCCCGUGAAGUACGCAGAUUACAAGGUUACCGGUCCGAAUGGGGCCAACGUGCCGUACGAAUUGGUGUUUUUGCCUGGUCAGAUUUUCCGACUGGGAGGCCGUACCUCGAACGCCACGCACGAGCUAGUAUUUAUUGCUAGCGAAGUGUCCCCAUUAGGAUUAGUCAACUAUCAUGUGGAGAGAAUUAACGAACCAGAACCCCCACCGAGACCGACGCCACACAAUAGCACAGAGGAAGUGACGAUAGAAAACGGGAAAUUGAAAAUAGGUUUUAACGGUACCAGCGGACUAGUUCAGUGGAUAGAGCAAAACGGCACAAGACAUCAAUUGCAGCAAAAUUUUUUUUUCUACGAGUCGAUGAAAGGUUAUAAUUUCAACGCCGAUAACCGUGCCAGCGGAGCUUACAUUUUUAGACCCACUAAAAACCAACCGACAGUUAUAUCUGAAAAAAUCAAUUUGACAAUUUACCGAGGCAAAAACGUGCACGAAGUACACCAGUCUUUUAGUUCUUGGCUUAGUCAAGUAGUUAGGAUUUAUGAUCAACAAGAAUCAAUUGAAUUCGAAUGGCUCGUCGGACCCAUUCCUAUUAUGGAAUGGAUCGGAAAAGAAGUCAUUACAAAAUAUACAACCAAAAUAGCGUCGAACGGUACGUUUUAUACGGACUCUAAUGGAAGGAGGUGGAUGAAAAGGAAACGGAAUCAACGUUCUUCUUGGAAUUUAACCCUAACUGAACCCGUUGCAUCUAAUUAUUAUCCAAUUACUUCAAGCAUAGCAAUCAGGGACGCUAUUCACCAAGCCACAAUAAUAACCGAUCGGCCUCAGGGCGGUACUAGCAUCGAGGAUGGCACAUUGGAACUUAUGCUUCAUCGUCGACUAUUGUACGACGACAGCCAAGGGGUUAGCGAACCAUUGGAUGAGAAUCAAUACGGCGAAGGCAUGGUGACUAGGGGAAAACACAUAUUACACUUUAACGAGUUAGAUAAGGCUGCCAAAGCUCACAGGCUGUCGGCACUCCAUACAGUCAUGCAACCUGUUGUUACACUGGCACCAACUCACAUGGAAAGUAACGAAUGGGUUUCAAAGUUCAGUGCAACGUAUAAAUUGUUGAACAAUUCAUUACCAUUAAAUAUACAUCUUUUGACUUUGGAACAUUGGAGAAAAGAUCAAGUUUUAUUGAGAAUUGAACAUAUAUUUGAGAAAGACGAAGAUAGAUUUUUAUCUCUACCUGAAACCGUGCAUCUUCAACAAUUAUUUUCGCAAUUGGAGGUAUUGGAGUAUAAAGAACUGACGUUAAGCGCAAAUUUGGCUAAGGCAGAUCUAGAUCGUUACCGUUGGAACUAUAGCGAUAAACCGCAACGACCAGAAUUAAAUGCACCCCUACCAGACAAUCUCCUCACACCCAUGGCCAUUAAAACUUAUUUGCUUACGGUGAAACCACGAUAAUGUACAGAUUUGUUUUGAGUUUUAUUAUUAUAACCAAAGACAAAGGAACUGUAAGGAAACUAUUAAAUUGUUUUGUCUACACAUAUACAUACACAUGCGCACAAGAAAAAUCAACAUAUUAUAAUAUAUAGGUAAAGUAAAUAUUAUGUUCACAAUGAAAAAUGUCCGUUGGAAAUGAAAUGUGAUUACUGCGGAAGUAGGCAUAUACGGCUAAUAAAAUAUUAGUUUUUAUUUACUUAAUUUAAAAAAGAAGAAAAAAUGUAAAGCAUACAUCCGGAGAUAAAAUGAUGCGAAAAGUUUAUUAAAAUAAUCUCUGGAUUUCUCAUGAGUCGAUAUGACACCCGUGUUUCCAUAUUAUUGAUGUUUUCUUUUUAAAUCUUCACAGCCCCUUUUAUUUUUAAAUAGUUUGUUAUUUUAUUAAUUUAUUUUACUAAAUCAUACAGCAUGACGUUCAUCAUCAUAUUAUUAUUGUAAAUUAAAAUUGUGAAGUACAUGACUGUAUGAGACUAAUUUUGUAAUAUUAAUUUAAUAUAGACUUAUUGUAUGAAUUUAAUAAAACCAUUGU